AUGGCCGAUUACUCGAGUCAGGCCGAGUACGGCGCCUACGGGGAAGGAUACGAAAAUGAUAACGAUUACGAGAACGGCACCGGCGAAGAGGGUGGGGAGGCUGUCAUGCCGGAAGACAUCAUUACUCCCGAGGACUGCUGGGAAGUCAUCUCGUCCUACUUCGACUCAAAGGGUCUCGUUUCGCAGCAGAUCGACUCGUUCGAUGAGUUUACGUCAACAACCAUCCAGUCCCUCGUCGAUGAAUACGCCGACUUGACUCUCGACCAUCCGAACCCAGGGGAUGAUAGCGGCCGCGAUGUUGCCAUGCGACGAUACGACAUUCAUUUCGACAACGUGCUUAUUUCGAAGCCAUCCCUCACCGAAGCCACUGGGGAAACCACCAGCCUUCUCCCGUACGAAUGCCGUGACCGUAACCUGACCUACUCUGCACCGAUGUACUGCAGAGUGAUGAAGCGUGCCCGAGUCGCUAUCAACGAGGAUGUUGCGCUGAAGGAUAUGGACGAUGAACAGCAGGAGUACAUGGCCCGGACUGGCGAGCAUCCCAAGACCAUUCGUUGGGAAGAGGAGGACACCGGGCCGCAUGAAGGCGGGGGCAAGGGCGAUGAACAGCAAAAGGGCGACCUGAUUUUCCUCGGGAAGCUCCCCGUAAUGGUAAAGUCGCAAGUUUGCCAUCUGGCCAACGAGGACGAAGAGUCGUUGUUUUUACUCAACGAGUGUCCAUACGACCAGGGCGGCUACUUUAUUAUCAACGGCAGUGAGAAAGUUCUGAUCGCCCAGGAGCGCUCGGCGGCCAACAUCGUGCAGGUCUUCAAGAAGCCGCCAGGAGGAAGUGUCUCGUACCAGGCCGAAAUCCGGUCUGCGUUGGAGAAAGGCUCGCGCCUCAUCUCUUCACUGCAGAUGAAGCUUCACACUAAAGGCUCGCCGGAGAAGGGAAGACUGCCGAACACCGUCAGCGUUACGCUUCCGUAUGUGCGUGAAGAUGUUUCGCUCGCGAUCGUCUUCCGUGCCCUCGGCAUCGUGUCUGAUGAGGAUAUUCUCAACCACAUCUGCUACGACCGCACCGAUACGCAGAUGCUGGAGGCACUCCGGCCAUGUAUCGAGGAGGCGUUUUGCAUCCAGGACCGGGAGAUCGCGCUCGACUUCAUCGGAAAGCGUGGCAAUGGCAAUGCCGGUCAAAACCGUGUGAACCGCGUCCGGGCUGCGAAAGACCUGCUUCAGAAGGAAAUGCUCCCUCAUAUCUCGCAGACGGAGGGAUGCGAAACUCGGAAAGCAUUCUUCUUGGGAUACAUGGUUCACAAGCUGCUUCAGUGCGCGCUUGGUCGUCGCGACCCCGAUGACCGUGAUCACUUCGGCAAGAAGAGGCUGGACUUGGCUGGCCCGCUGCUCGCAAAGCUGUUCCGUGGCGUUGUUCGGCGCAUGACCCAAGAUCUCAUGUCUUACAUGAAGCGCUGCAUCGACACCAACAAGAACUUCUCCCUUGCGCUUGGUAUCAAGCACUCGACAUUAACGAAUGGCUUGAAAUACUCGUUGGCGACGGGCAACUGGGGUGACCAGAAGAAGGCCAUGAGCUCGACGGCGGGCGUUUCUCAGGUGUUGAACAGAUACACAUUCGCUUCGACCCUCUCCCACUUGCGGCGUACCAACACGCCCAUUGGCCGUGAUGGCAAGCUCGCGAAGCCGCGCCAACUUCACAAUACACACUGGGGUUUGGUUUGCCCGGCCGAGACGCCAGAAGGCCAAGCUUGUGGUCUCGUCAAGAACCUGUCGCUGAUGUGCUACGUGAGCGUGGGGACACCAGCUGACCCUAUCGUGGAAUUCAUGAUUGCGCGAGGCAUGGAGGUGCUUGAGGAAUACGAGCCCCUUCGGUAUCCCAACGCGACGAAGGUGUUUGUCAACGGCACGUGGGUUGGUGUCCACCAGGAUCCAAAACACCUGGUUACCUUGGUCCAAGGCUUGCGACGGAGGAACGUCAUCUCGUUUGAGGUGUCACUUGUGCGCGAUAUCCGCGACCGCGAGUUCAAGAUCUUUUCCGAUGCGGGGCGUGUCAUGAGACCGCUAUUCACCGUGGAGCAAGAAGUAAACGGCGGCGAGAGCGGAGCAGAGAUGGGCGCUUUGAUCCUCAACAAGGAGCACAUUGCGCGGUUGGAAACAGACAAAGACCUCGGCCGGUACCACCCAGACUACUGGGGUUGGAGAGGCUUGUUGAAGUCGGGUGCGAUCGAGUACCUUGAUGCCGAAGAAGAGGAGACAGUCAUGAUCUGCAUGACUCCCGAAGACCUGGAGCGAUUCCGCUUGCGGAAGAAGGGGAGAGAAAUGCCCGACAACUCCGGGGUGGGCAACAAUCGGAUCAAGACGAAGACCAACCCGACAACUCACAUGUACACACACUGCGAGAUCCACCCCAGUAUGCUGCUUGGCAUUUGCGCCAGCAUCAUUCCGUUCCCCGACCACAACCAAUCGCCCAGAAACACCUACCAAUCUGCCAUGGGCAAACAGGCCAUGGGCUUCUUCCUCACCAACUACUCCCGUCGGAUGGACACGAUGGCCAACAUCUUGUACUACCCGCAGAAACCCCUGGCCACAACGCGGUCCAUGGAGUUCCUCAAGUUCCGAGAGCUGCCGGCCGGGCAGAACGCCAUUGUCGCCAUUGCGUGCUACUCGGGCUACAACCAAGAAGACUCUGUGAUUAUGAAUCAGAGCAGCAUCGACCGCGGUAUCUUCCGCAGUCUCUUCUUCCGCUCGUACACCGAUUGCGAAAAGCGCGUCGGUAUCAACAUUGUUGAAAAGUUCGAGAAGCCCAACCGGAGCGACACCUUGCGGCUGAAGCACAGCACGUAUGACAAGCUCGACCCAGACGGCAUUGUCGCCCCUGGCAUCCGUGUUUCAGGGGAGGAUAUCAUCAUCGGCAAGACCUGCCCCAUCAACCCCGACAACGCCGAGCUCGGACAGCGGUCGAACCAGCAUGUGAAGCGGGAUGCGUCGACCCCCCUACGCAGCACGGAGAGUGGUAUCGUCGAUCAGGUCGUUGUAACAACCAACCAGGACGGCAUGCGGUACGUCAAGGUCAGGGUGCGCACUACCAAGGUCCCGCAGAUUGGUGACAAAUUUGCGUCUCGCCACGGUCAGAAGGGUACCAUCGGUGUCACCUACCGUCAGGAGGACAUGCCUUUCACCUGUGAGGGUAUCACCCCCGACAUCAUCAUCAAUCCGCACGCCAUUCCGUCGCGUAUGACGAUUGCCCAUUUGAUCGAGUGUUUGUUGUCCAAGGUUUCCACGCUUAAGGGUAUGGAAGGUGACGCGACCCCCUUUACCGACGUCACGGUCGAUAGUGUCUCUGAUCUUCUUCGUGAGCACGGUUACCAAUCUCGCGGUUUCGAGGUCAUGUACCACGGCCAUACGGGUCGCAAGCUGCGCGCGCAAGUGUUCUUUGGGCCGACCUACUACCAGCGUUUACGGCACAUGGUCGACGACAAGAUCCACGCGCGUGCCCGUGGCCCGCUGCAAAUCAUGACUCGACAACCAGUGGAGGGUCGUGCCAGGGAUGGUGGUCUGCGGUUCGGUGAAAUGGAGCGUGAUUGCAUGAUUGCGCAUGGUGCUGCCAGCUUCUUGAAGGAGCGGUUGUUUGAGGUGUCGGAUGCGUUCCGCGUGCAUAUUUGCGAGAUCUGCGGAUUGAUGACACCGAUCGCAAACUUGACCAAACAGUCGUUUGAGUGCCGCCCCUGCAAGAACAAGACCAAGAUCGCCCAGGUACACAUGCCGUACGCUGCCAAGCUGCUAUUCCAGGAGCUGAUGUCCAUGAACAUCGCUUCCCGCAUGUUUACCAACCGCUCUGGGAUCUCGGUGCGUUAA